AUGGUGUCAGAAUCCAAGAACAUCGUUGAUGCUAGUUCUACAGGACUUGGAGCACCAUUGAUCCAAGAUGGACAGCCGAUUGCCUAUGUCUCGCGUGCGUUAACAGAAACACAACAGAGGUACGCGCAAAUAGAAACAGAAACAUUGGCAAUAGUAUUUGGAUGUACGAAAUAUCACCAAUUUAUAUUUGGUCGAGAGGUCACAGUCGAAUCGGAUCACAAACCGUUACAAGCGAUAUUCCGAAAACCACUCAACCGUGCUCUACCAAGACUACAGAGACUGUUGUUGACUUUACAGAAAUAUACUCUGAAUGUUGUGUAUAAGCCAGGAAGGACCAUGUAUCUUGCCGAUGCAUUGAGUCGGAGCUACCUAAAGGAGACCAGAGAGAACCUUGUUCCAGAUAUUGAUAUUGAAGUAAACCAGAUUGUGUCAUACUUACCAAUUUCACCAGAGAAAUAUCAAGAGUUCAAACGCGAGACCUCAAAAGAUGAAGCAUUGUCACAGCUCAGAGAAAUUAUCAUCAAUGGAUGGCCAGAGAACAAACAUGAAAUACCAGAGACAGUUCAUCAUUAUUGGCCAUUCAGAGACGAGCUAUCAUGUAUAGAUGGCCUACUCUUCAAGAGCCAUACUAUCAUUGUUCCCAAAACAUUACGUCGUGAAAUGCUCAAAACAAUCCAUAGUUCACACCUUGGAAUCGUAAAAUGCAAAUCGAGGGCACGUGAACUACUGUACUGGCCAGGGAUGAGUUCUGAAAUAGAGGACACAGUGUCAAAAUGUUCAACAUGUGCCACUAACUCUAGAAAAAAUUCAAAGGAGCCAUUAUUAAUGACGGAAAAUCUGAACAGGCCAUGGUCUGUUAUUUCCGCUGACAUAUUUGAAUUUCAAGGACAUAACUAUUUGGUCACGAUUGGCCAUUAUUCAAAGUGGCCGGAGUUGUCCAAAUUAGACAAUAUGAGUAGCAAGAACACUAUGUUAUAUCUCAAAAGCCAAAUGUCGAGAUAUGGCAUCCCUGACAAGCUCAUUACAGACAGCGGUCCACAGUUUGCUAAUGAGGAGUUCAAGAAAUUCUCAAAGACAUAUGGAUUCGAACAUACAACAUCAAGUCCCAGAUAUCCGCAGGCGAACGGACAAGCUGAAAAAACUGUGCAGACAGUGAAAAACAUAUUAAAGAAAUCUGAGGAUCCAUAUAAAGGCUUGUUAGCUUAUAGAAACACAGUCAUUGAAGAUCUAGGACUUUCACCAGCUCAAAUGUUUUUUGGUCGAAGAUUAAAAACAGAUAUACCAACAACAGCUCCACUGUUGUCAUCUGAUAAAAUUCCAACAUCUGAUGUCAAGAUGAGACUGAAAAUCAGAAAGGAAAAAGCCAAAAUGUACUAUGAUCUAAGAUCUUACAUUGUCGAAACUAGAAAAAGGAAAGAAAUACAGGAGGAACCGAAAGGAUAUCAAACCAACACGUGCGUCGUUUCCUGA